UCGGACGUCGUGAGGAGUAGACGUGUCCGCACCCAAUGCUCUUCGGCAGGAACAAGACUUUGUUGCUACUACAAGACAGGAUUUCCAGGAGAGACAGAAGACUACAACAUCUACUUUUUGCUUAUACUACGAUGUCUACCGUUUUGCACGGCUCCCGAGAGCUCAGAAGAUAACGAAUUCAUCAAAAUAGUAAAUGGUAAAUAUAAGGAUUCGAAAAAGAGAUAGUGAAAGAAAACAAAAUAACUGCUUGGUGGUUCCAUUUAGGGGCUUCCAGCUGAAAUUUAACUGUGAUUUACUGUGAUAUUGUUGUUGUUUGGCCAGUGUCUCUUGGUUAGUGAAGUCGGUUCUGUGAUACCUUUUUGUGUGUAAAAUUUCUGCGUGUAAAAUCUGUGACCUAGACGUAAUAAGUAUAGUGACGGAGGAUCAGUGUGAUUGUGGGAACAGAAAAGGAAGCGAACGAAGAGAAAGCGAGAAAGAGAAAACAUUCAUAUUUUCCUACAUGAUUCGGAGUGGAGAACGUCUACAGUUUAGUGAGAAAAGGAAAUCCAUUUAUCAUAACGUGUAAAUCUGCAUCCAGUCAGGCUGAAGAAAGAACUGUUCCUAGCUACCGCUGUGAUAAUCGUGCCUUCCUUGUAAAACCAAUUUCUAACAAAACACGUAAAUAAAAGAAGAGGACUGAGACCAACAGCCCUCGCCUCGCAACCAGCCUUCCAGUUCCCGAGCCUCAAAGAGAAGAGAGGGAGCCUAGUCAGCGCAACUGCGAAGAUUCCCUUUAAGAGCAUCAAAUCCACGCUCACUCUCCCACCCGCCAUCCCCCAAAAGAAGAAAUUCGAAGAAGAAAGAAAAAGGAAAACAAGAAACUCCUUAAAAGCAAACGAACCGCUUUCGACGGCGAGAAGAGAGAGCGCCGCAGCCCACCUUCUUCGCCCCUCCUCUCUCCUUUCCUUAACGCCACUUCCUCGAAUUCGUCAAGAUGAUGAGUUUCAAGCAGUGGCUGGUGCUGCUGGGCCUCUACACCAUCUACAUGCUCAUUGGCGCCGCCGUGUUCAUCAGCCUGGAGAAGGACAAUGAGCUGGAGGGAAGAGCGGAGCUGCUCAACCUCAAGGAACGAGUGAUAGACUUCGUGGAGGGCCUGGACAACGAGAGCCGGCCGGGCGCCGAGGUCGUCCUCGAAGACGUGGGUGGCGUCUGCGGCCACGACUUCCUGUCGGCGAAGGACGACGAGCCGCUCACCUGGUCGCUCUGGAACUCCUUCUUCUUCACCUUCACCGUCAUCACCACCAUAGGUUUCGGCCACAUGUCGCCCGCCACGCCCUGGGGCCGCGUCUUCUGCAUCGUCUACGCCCUCUUCGGCGUCCCCCUUAACGGCAUCCUCGUGGCGGUGCUGGCCGACAUCUUCUCCGGCAAGGUGGUGAACUCCCGCGUACGCGAGCAAGCCAAGCGCUACGAGUCUUGGGCGGGCGUGGCCAUCGACACGGUGCUGUACCUGGUGCCUGGCUUCAUCUUGUUCCUGGUGGUCCCGGCGGCCGUGCUGCUGGCGUUCGAGGAGGGAUGGAAUUAUCUUGAUUCGUUUUACUUUGCCUUCAUCACUCUCACCACCAUCGGAUUCGGGGACUACGUGGCCGGGCGACAGGACCUGGACCACAUGUGGAUCUGGACUUACAAGAUCCUGAUGGUGGUGUGGAUCGUGUUCGGCCUCGGAUACAUCGUCAUGAUCAUCACCUUCAUUCAGAAGGCGCUCAAGUCGAAGAAGAUUCACAGGGUUGAGCAAAAGGUAGCACGGACGCUGAAGAGACAGGCAGCCAAGAUUCACCAGAACCUCCACACGGAUCUCAAGAGGCUGCGGGAGGUGGUGACAGCCCUCUCGGUCCUUCCCGACAACACGGAGGAGGACUGCAGCAAGGAGAAGGCCCUGAAGCGAUGCGCGAGCCAGCCCGCGAUGCCUCAGAGCGUAGGCGGCGUCGAGGACAAGGAGGAUCACACUCUCCCCCGCUCGGUCACGUCGCAACAGUCGUCGCCCCCGACCGAUCGCAUGAAGACCUUCCGGCAGGCGCUGUCCGAGGCGGCCGUCAAUAAUGUGGGCAAGAAGGACCGGUUCCGUAGCCUGUCGUCUCUGGAGGACGUGGCUCUGUUCCUGGAGAUGGUGGAGUCGUUGCUACGCGAGCACGAGGCGGGCAUCGCGAAGGAGGCGGACGACCAGGCGCACCACAUCCUCAGCGACGUCGACUCCAACUCUUCCGAUGACGACUCCUUCGGCACGAUGGCGACGGACGUCCCGCACAAGGAGGAUCUCGAGGCCGGCUUCUGCAAUCAGGCUUUCGUUGGCGACAAGGGUGAGGUCGAGGUCGCCGUGCAAAAGCCAUGCCACGCCGCCAGCGACGCCAGCAAGAAGGGAGCAAAAGAGGACGAACCCAGCGUUAACCAGAGGGUGCAGCAGCGGCUAAACUCUCUCCUGAUGGAAGUAGACGUAAAGUCGAGCCGAGGACUCCUGCGUCAAAGGUCGCUGAGGGAAGGUGUCAAAUCUUCGGGCCAGCUCCUGGGCGAGAUGGAGAGCAUCGUGUGCAAGCCCUUCUCCAACCCAGACCUCCCCGACGCCUGCAGCGCCAGCGACUCGCCUUCGAAGGUCGACCGUCGAAGCUCCAACUCCGUCCCGGGUCGUAUCAAGAGCGGUUCCGUGAAAUCGUACCCGAACCUCAGUGACGUCUUCCCUACGCUGCCCUCCUCGUGCGACGCCGUCGACCACCUGCCUGCCUCCCAGCAUGACCCCGAGCAGCGAGCUUGCCGCCGCUGGUCCGUCGGGAACGAGAGUCGCCGGCAGGUGACAUCGCGCGACGGCCACCACGCUCCCCACAACUUCCUCGCCGGCAUCAAGCUGUCUGCGGGGAGGAGCGCCAAGGACCUGAGCUCGCCGCUGUCUCUGCUCUCCCAGUGGAUUCACAGCAGCGCUCACAGAACCCAGAACCUGCAGGAAGCGGAGAAGGCGAGAGAGAAAGAGAAGGACGACGCCAGUAGUGACGAAUCGCAGGAAGCCACUAAACCUCAAUACACGCGGUUGUAAUUCUAUAUUUUCUUUUCCAUUUUCAUUUGCUUGUUAGUUUUUUAUUCAUUUAUGAUACUUUAUGGAUACAAAGUAGUACAAAUGUCGUAUACUUGUUAGAUACGUUGAAAUAUCCAGUCAAAAGACAUUCCUCAUGAACCAAACGUGCACAAGAAAACCUAUAUUCAUUUCGAUAUCGAGACGAAAUUAUUAUGCGCAUGUCUGGCAAGCCAGGCUGAAAAGAGUGGCCUUACUUAACGUCUUGAGCGUGCACUGCCAAAUUCUCAAGUUUAUCGUGCAGUUUGCAUCUGAGCUAUACGAGCACGCAAGAGAGUUGCAUCUUGUAUCAGGAAUUAUAAAGAAACGGAUUUCUCCUCACAGUGCUUAACUGACAUUUUUAUCCAGCACCUGAAGGAUAAGUGCAUUUGGUGUAUACCAUAAGGCACUCACUUGUCAUAACCAGAGGCCUAAUGUGGGUCACACCCCAAAUCUCGUGCACAAUAAAGAUGUAUCAAAAAUACCUUGGGCGUGCACAUGUAAUACAUUUUAUGGUGGUUGUUGAGGUAGGACUGGCAAGACAAAUGCAGCGAUAUGAAGCCCAGCCUGAACGUGAAAUUGUGCCUUGAACUUAACAGAUAACAAAUUGUGAAUGAGACCGCCUUUUUGGAACUAGUAGAGUUUCCCAGGUGUCAAGAUCCGUCCUUUUCGAUGAGAAAGCCACUGGCGCUUUCGAGUUAUGAUUGCGUGUGCGUGUGUGUGUGUGUGU